AAGCAUGUUUGUUUUAAUUCGAAAAGUUAAAUGAGUAAUCCUUACAAGUUCUAGUGUACUACUGCAGCAGUAUUUGUAGGAUGAUCAUUUGUGGCAUCAGCUCUGCAAAUGCUUUUGUAGAUGCUGAUGUUCAGACAGCAUAGCAUUCUCAUUAUAAUCAAGAAGCUUUUGAGGAUAGCCUCUUGUCUGAACUAAAGCAAAGUGUUGUAGGUUAAAUAGUUGUAGCAUGAUGAGCACUAAUGUUUAAAUAAGAAAACAAAGCAGAGAUAGUGUCUCACUUCUUUAAUCUUAGCAAUUGGAAGAUAACAGUACUCUUUGAUUGUAAAGAGUAGAGUUUUGAAGAUUAUUUUUGUGAAAACGUUGAUUGUUUGAAUGCAGUUAAAUCUAUACUCCAUGUGCACCACUGAAAUUUUUGGGAAUAGCUUUUUUGGGAUUGUUACAAUGUUAAAUUAUUCAGCUUGUUAUAUACGUGGUCUCAGUGUGGGAAUUCUUUUCAUAGAAACUUUGAAAAAAGCUUGUUCCACAGUAAACGAAGAUAUUCAUGCUUUUACUUUCUGUAAGUAAAAGCAAACAGUGAGUUUUAUGUAGCUUCUGGCACGUGUGUGUUAUGUAAAACUAAAGGCUGUGUGGAACUUACAAAUUCUCAGCUACAAAACAGCCUUUUCCAACUUAGUCACCACCAUUAGCUAUACACUUUUGCCAGCUGCGAACAAGAGCAGUUAAAAUCUGCACCAGUGGAGGUCACUCUACCACUGCCUCCACUGCUGAAAUGCAUCACCCAGCACUUCACUGUGCUCGCAUCCACUGUUUGGUCUCCUUAAACAUUCAGCAAGCAUCAGUGAGUAUCAGUGGCUGCCAUUUUAUCCGCAUGAAAGGAUUCAGUGAUGCUCCUUUGCUUCAUGCAUACUUUCAUGUCAAGUGCCAUUGUGUCAGACUGCUCCUGUGCUGCCAUCUGUUGCACAGCAACAAAAUGUAAUGGGAUAUUGGUGGGAGGGUUCAGCAUCUACUGCCAGCAUCCACCUUUCAUGUUAUGGACCAAUAUAAUAAGGCAUUACUUUCAGAGCAGCCUUCAUGUUAUUUUUGUUGCCAACUGAAUCCCUUCACACAUAACAACAUAGAUGAUUUGAAAGAAAUAGAUGCUGUUAGUCUCAUUCCAAAGUACUUGUAUUCAUAUUCUUAUAAAUGAAAAUCCUAAAAUACUGCAUAGUUACGUUAGCCUUUGUUUUGUGUGCAAGGGGGGAGGGAAUGCUAUUGCAAGCAAGGGGAAAGUGAUUUGCAGUGCUUGUGUUGGAAUUUUGUUUUUCUUUCCGUACUCAUUUUCAUAGUUUUGUCUCGUACAAAUGCAUCUCUGCAAAGCAUAAAAAAUGUAUGCAGAGUGCUUGGAGGCACAUUAUGUUGCAUAAUUGAAUGUACAUAUGUGCUAUUAUAGAAAAAUAAAUUCCAGGAAUAAACAGGAAUUAAACAGUUAAGGAUUUUAAGAACUUAAGUUAUUGAAACUGUAGGAUCCAUAAUAAAUUGUGCUCUGAAUGGUCAAUUCUUUAUUGUAGAUCAUCAUUUGGAGGAUUCCAGCACGAGAUUUCUGGAGUCUGCUGUAUCCAGCCAUAAUGAGUUCUUCACUGGUUGCUUAUGAUGAUUCAGACCCUGAGGCAGAAACUGAAAAAGCUGAUGAUCUCAGUACUACCAGACAAGCAAGCCUUCCGAGUUCUUCUGCAAAUCCUGUUCAGCGCUUUGCACCUGGUAUUUUGAGUACAAAAUCUACAUAUGAAACGCAGCUUACUGAGAACACUGGCAAUUUUGACAUGAGCGUUGUUUGUGAAGAUCCCCCUGAGCAUUAUGCACUGAAUAAUAACAAUGAUUUGACAUCUUAUUGUAGGAGAGCAUACUCUAGUCCUACUGCAUUACGUAUGCCCUACAAAAACUAUGAACAGACGUUGAGCUCUUCAAGAAACUCUGGAAAUGGUGCUUCCCAGAAGAGAACACAUAAAGAUAGUCCAACUGCCCCCAAAGGAAUUAGACCAUAUAUCCCUAAAAGGUUACGUCAAGAAAAUUCCAGUGCCUAUGAAAAAAAGGAGUCUGAUCAAAGCGAGAGCACCAGUUGUGAUGUGAAGCUAGAUAUACCAGGAGAGCAGACAGUGAGAAAGAUAUCUGAAUUAAUUAAGCCAUAUUUAGGAUCCAGGUAUAAAUUAACUGAAGUUCCAAAAAGCUUAAUAUUUCAUAUGUCUAAACACAGCGGCCCUGUUAAUGCAAUCCAGUGGUGCACUGUACGAGAACAAAGUCAUAUGCUUCUCUCAGCUUCUAUGGACAAAACAAUAAAGGUAUGGGAUGCUGUGGACACAGGUGGUUGUUUGAGGACAUUUUCCUGUCAUUCCUGUGCCGUCCGAGCUGCCCAGUGGUCAUCCUGUGGAAGAAGGAUCCUCAGUGGUGGCUUUGAUUCCAUGCUGCACCUAACAGAUGUGGAGACAGGGAGGCAAAUCAUCAGCAGUAAAAAUGAAUUUAGAAUCAGCACGCUGAAGUUCCACCCUACAGAUUCAAAUGUUUUCAUUUGUGGAGGAUUCAGUCCAGAAGUUAAAGCAUGGGAUAUAAGGAUUUGUAAGGUGACAAGAGUGUACAAAGCAGCAGUACAACAGACGUUGGAUAUACUCUUUCUUCCUGAAGGAAAAGAAUUUCUUACAAGCACAGACGCAGUAAGCCGAGACUCAGCAGAUCGUACCAUCAUUGCAUGGGACUUCCAAAGUGCUGCAAAAAUUUCCAAUCAGAUUUUUCAUGAGCGUUACACUUGUCCAAGUCUGGCUCUGCACCCAAGAGAGUCUACAUUUGUUGCUCAGACAAAUGGGAACUAUAUGGCAUUGUUUUCCUCCCAGCGACCUUACCGAAUCAACAAAAAGAAGAGAUACGAGGGGCAUAAGGUGGAAGGAUUUGCAGUGGGCUGUGAAUUUUCUCCAGAUGGAACACUUUUGGUGACAGGAAGUUCAGAUGGCAAAGUGUUUUUCUACAACUACCAUACUUCUAGGAUUGUCCGUACUUUGUCGGCACACAGAGAAGCUUGUGUGAGUGCAGUAUUUCACCCAGUAUUGCCAUCACUCCUUGCAACUUCUGAUUGGGCUGGAGAAAUCAAGAUCUGGCAAUAGCAAGCAAAAUAACUUUUCAUCCAUCAAAGAGCUUGGUAUUUCAGAGGGAAUAAACCAUGAUAUGCAGUGUGAUAUUUGUUGUGAUGUGUUGUAGGCAGCAGAGACUGUUAUCUUUUCUUCUUGGACCACUGGACAUACGCUUUCAUAAUGCAGUUAAGAGGAUUCUGUGAUUAGCUGCUGAGCAAAUAAGUGUUUUCUCUCUCUCUCUCUCUCUCUCUCUCUCUCUCUCUCUCUCUCCCUUUCUCUCUCUCUCCCUUUCUCCCUCUGUCUCUCCCCCUUCUCUUCCCCCCCUUCCUUGGGCCCUGGUGGCAAAUUUCUGCCCUUUCUGUGCCAAUAUUCUGGUGCUUAUCUAGUCCAACCCUGAUGUGAGAAUCUAGACUUGAAGAAAAUUAUUGCCCUUCUUAUGUAGCUUUUACUUCAGUUUUCUUAAACCAGAUUGUCACUGGCUUAGCUCCUUGCCCUGGUCACUCGUGCUGGUCAAGCAAUGCUAUAUUUCCUUGUUGAUAUACAGUUCAAGGCAAAACAGCAUCUUACAUGCAAGAGAGGGAAGAUCACAGGACAGGUGGGACUGACUCUUCUGGAAAUAGGCAGAUAUUACCAGCCCAAAUUAUUGUAAAAUGCUCUCUCAGUUUUAAGGGAAAAACUUGGAGCUAAUUAUGAAGUCUCUAAGUCUGUCCUCCCUAGAUUCCUCUUUUUAAGACUGAGUUUUGAACUCAAUUUUAUAAUUGUAUAUUAUUGAAACAAAACUAUGUGUAAGUAUUUUUUUUAAUGGGAAAAAAUAAAGCU